AUGAGGUUUUGCUUACAUCCCUUACAUGGGAUGCUACUUAUGCCACAGAUCAUCUCAUUGCUAAUACUAGGAGUACUAGUGGUGUUUGUAUUACCAACAACAGCUGAAGCAGAUCAAGCCCUCUUACCUCAAGCCCUGCAUGGCUGCUCCGACCACUGCGGUAAUGUCACAAUUCCAUAUCCAUUUGGCAUGGCUAAAGGUUGUUACCGGGGACCUGAGUUCUAUAUCAAUUGUACUACGGGUACCACUCCCGACGAAGAACCAAUACCAUAUUUGACAAAGAGAUCAGGCACUGAUAAUCUCAUUCAAAUCCACGUUACUAACAUCUCUCUUAAGGGUGAGUUGCAUGUUUUGCAGCCCAUAACCCGAGCUUGCGAUGCAGAUCUGAGUGUCGGUUUGGAAACUGAUCUCCCCCUGCCCCCUCCUUUCACCUUCUCCAAUACCAAAAACAAUUUUUUCACCAUUGGUUGUGGCUCUUCAGGAAAUCUUUUAGGCUUCCGUCCAGGCCUUGGCCUAGACGGACACACCUUGUCCAAUAUCCAUCGCUAUUGCUUCACCUUUUGUGACGAUAAUUCUUCAGGCAAUGACACCGACCUAGUAAUUACUGACGACUCUUGCUCUGGCUUUGCCUGUUCCCUGUCUUCACUCCCUAGUGGGGUGCAAUAUAUUUCUAUUAUAUUGAGUCGCAGUAUUCCUACCAACUGGGACUCUAGCUACCCGUGUAGGUAUGCCUUCCUUGCAGAAAAAAGCGAGUUCACAUUCUCCCCAAACACAAGUUUUCAGCAACUCAGCAACACAAGUCACCUUCCAGUUGUUGUCAAUUGGGAAAUUGGGGAUCAUGGUCCAUGUGAUUUAGAACAAAGGAGCAAGCUUGUUGACUUUGCUUGCAAGGGAAACAGCACAUGCAUAAAUUGGCCCAAUGUCAUCCGGCCUACAGGUUACAUUUGCCAGUGCAAGGAAGGUUACCAAGGAAACCCAUACCUUCCAGAUGGUUGCCAAGAUAUCGAUGAGUGCAAGUCAAACCCCUGCUAUGCUGGAAGUUGUGUAAAUACACCUGGGAAUUACUCUUGUAUAUGUCCCAAUGGCAUGAAAGGAAAAAGUUGCAAAGAUAAAUCAAAGACGAUUGUUAUCAUUGUUAUGGGAAUUAGUGUCAUCUUAGCUUUACUGGUUGGAAGUUCAUGCUCUAUAUAUUGGGGGAUGAAGCAGCGAAGGUACAUCAAACUCAAAGAAAAGUACUUUCAAGACAAUGGUGGUUUAUUGUUGCAACAAAAGCUUGCUAAUCAUGGGAUUGAGACAACCAGAAUCUUUUGUGCAGAAGAACUUGAAAAGGCCACAAACAAUUACGAUGACGGUGGGGUCCUUGGCAAAGGAUCUUAUGGAAUAGUUUACAAAGGAAUUUUACCAAAUAACAGAACUGUUGCCAUUAAGAAGUCCAAAAUUGGUGCUCCAACCCAGAGUGAACAGUUUGUUAAUGAGUUGGUUGUUCUUUCUGAAAUCAACCACAGAAAUGUGGUGAGGCUGUUAGGUUGUUGUUUAGAGACAGAAGUGCCGUUACUAGUUUACGAGUUCAUCACCAAUGGCACUCUUUUUGAGCAUGUUCAUGGUAAAGAGAACAAAAGAUCAUCGCUUACAUGGGAAUUACGAUUGAAGAUUGCUGCAGAAACUGCAGGAGCUCUAGCAUAUUUACACUCCUCCACUUUCAUGCAAAUCAUACACCGAGAUGUUAAAGCCACGAAUAUACUUUUAGAUGAAAAUUACACGGCGAAAGUGUCAGACUUUGGAGCUUCAGUAUUGAUUCCUUUAGAUCAAACUGAAAUUGUAACUUUCGUGGAGGGAACACUUGGAUAUUUAGACCCUGCAUAUCUCCAAUCGAACCAACUAACAGAAAAGAGUGAUGUUUAUAGCUUUGGAGUUGUGCUAGCAGAACUAUUGACAAGCAAAGUGGCAUUUUCAUACGAUAGGCCUGAGUCAGAGAGAAGCCUAGCAAGAAUGUUUGUUUGUGCAGUAGAAGAAGAGCGCCUAAAUCAUAUUCUUGAUGGUGACAUAGUCAGUGAAGGAAAUAUUGAGACAGUAAGAAAUGUGGCCCGUCUCGCAAAAAGAUGUCUAAAGUUAAAAGGGGAGGAAAGGCCUACAAUGAGAGAAGUAGCUACAGAGCUCGAGGGAAUGAGAAUUAUGGCAAAUCAUCCUUGGGGAACUAAUGCUGAUGACAAUUUGGGUCCCGAAGAUCAGACUUCCCUUUCGCUGGGGUCACCUUCAAACACUUCCGAUGAUGACAUUAGAGGUGAUUGUGGUCCUUGUACCACAAUUACUACUGGUACAACUAGCAGGAGUAUUUAG